AUGAUAGAUGUUUAAACAACCCAAGAAGAUAUAAAAUAAGAAAAAGAAAGUCCCGAAAAAUAAAUAAUAUUAACUGAAUAAGAAACAUAAUUGUAUAUAGAAAACUCUACAAAUAAAAUCUUGUUUUUAUUACUUAAUGCAUCUUUAAGCUUUGGUGCAUUUUACAACAAUUCAUUCCAAUCUUAUGUAAAAGAACAAAUAAUGCAUUUUAUGAAAAUCGAUUAAUCAGAAUAUUCCAAAUUUAUUUCCAUUCCAACGAUUCCUGUUAUUUUUUUACCUAUAUUAAUAGGUCCAGCUUUAAAUUAUUUCGGGAAUAGAAAAGGUAUUUUUUGUUUUACAUUUACAAUGUUUUUGGGUAUUUUUUUGUGUUUGAUUUCUGUAAAUAUAGAAAAUUUCUAUCUAUUAAUUAUAGGAAAAACAAUACAUAAUAUUGGUUCGGAGUUAAUAGGAAUUUCAUAAGGUUACUAUUAUACAAAAUGGUUCCAUGCAAUAAACAUUGGAAAAGCAUUUACUUUUGGAGUAUUUGUAAAUAAAAUAGCAAGUUCUAUUUCUGGAAUUAUAUAUCCUUAAUUAUUUAAAAUUACAGGAAACUUAAAUUUUGCUUUAGGAAUAGGUUUAUUUACUUGUAUUUUUUCCUUUAUAGGAGCUUUGGGAGCUACAAAAAUGGAUAGAAAAGCUGAUUUAUAGAAUAUUUAUUUAGUAUAAGAAUAGAGCAUUUUAGAAAAAAAUGACCUUAAUAAAGAUAACAAAAAAAAUUUUUUAAUUUUUCAGAUUUAAAAGACUUUAUUUUUAUUUAUUGGUUAUAUGUUAUUUAAAAUGUGAUUAUGUUUGGAUCCUUUUAUGGUUUUUUAAACUAUUUAUAAAGUGUGAUUAUUUUGAAAUUUUAUAUUAAUCAAACUUUAGCAGGACAACUUGUUUCUAUCCCAUUUUGGAUGGCAUUUACAUCUCCAGUUUUCGGUUAUUUAGCAGAUUUAAAAGGAAGAAGAAUUUUAGGUUUAUUAAUAUCUACCAUUUUAGCUUUUUCAUCCACUUUAUACCUUUAUUUACUUCCAAAUGGUCAUAAUAUAGCUUUACUUUUUAUUGGGUUAAUGGUUUUUGGUAUUUUUUAUAGUUUAAUGACAGUAUAUUUAUAUCCAACUUUGCCUUUUAUUUGUAAAUUAAAAAACAUUAAUGUUGGACUUGGAAUUAUGUUGUGUUCUAGAAAUUUAGGUUUUUUUUUUUAAAAAAAUAAAUAAAUAAAUAAAAAUAUAAAAUGCUAGGUUUAUGUUUAUUAAAUUUUAUUGGAGGAUAUAUUAUGAAAAAUGAUAAUUCGGGAUAUUAAAUGUAUUUAUUGUUUUAUUUCAUUAUUUUUUUAGUAUCUGCUUUAGUGUCAAUUUCGAUGUAUUUUGUUGAUUUUAAAUAAGGGGGAAGAAUUAAUUCAAAAAAA